ACCAUUAUCAUCAACUACAAAAUACAUUUCAAGAAGUAAACAAAAAUCUAAAACAAUAAUCAUAAUAAGAGCCGGCAGAAGCUUUUGUCUUUACAAAGCAAACUAAAACGAAUUGAGAAAGGGUAGGUAAAAGACACAAUCUUUUCCCUUCGAUAUGAUCAGAAAGAUGGCAUUGGUGUUUGCAUCAAUGAUCUUUCUUGCAUUUCUUGAAAUUCCGGCGGCUGCGAUUGUUGGGACCAACCCACUUGAACUCUCCGGCAGGGAAGAGUUGGUGGAGAUGGGAGGUUACGGAGAGGACAAAAUCUCUACUGUUCUAAUUGAUGGUUCUGUUUUAUGUCACCCUUGUGAUCAUCUCAACCGACCUAAUAAACCUCUUCCCAUCUCAGGAGCUUCAGUGGCAGUUAGCUGCAACAGAAAGGGGAGGAUGGGCAAAACAUCAUGUGAGGCACACAACACAACAGAUGAACAAGGAUACUUCCUUAUAGAUCUUCCUUCACAUCUUCAUGCAAUUCCAAACCUGGAAAAGGCAUGCAGUGUGAGGGUUGUUCAUCUACCAAAGAAUUCUGCCUGCCAUCCACAUUUGAUUAAGAAACACAAAGCCAUCAGUUUGACAUCAAACAUUGAUGGUAUUCGCACUUACACAAGCCAUAAGAUAACCUUAACGACACCAAACGAUUCGAAAGCGUGCAGCGAAAGCCUAGUUAGAGCCGCAAAACGUGCCCGCGCCUAACCGGAUUCGCCACAUCUGCUCGGUUAGUUGGCGCUCCAGUCACGAUAUCCGAGCUACUCGUCAUGUUUAAUCAACUCUUUGUAAUGCUCCAUAUAUAAGAAUAGGCUUUACUUGAGAUUCUACAUCCUGAGUGUGUGUGUUUGGGUGUGAUGACAGACAUGAGGAAGACAGAAUGAUGCAAAUUACGACAAGCUGCAACGCCUCUAUUCAGAACUUAAUUAACCUUGCAUGUGAUGUACUUCUAUAAUAUAUUUGUACAAACUUUAUACUCCGUAUAUAAAAUAUAUACUCAACUAAAAGGGUAUUAAUUUUGUUAAGACUAAGUUCCAUCCUUACCAAAGGAAU